AUGAAAGCAACUGAGAAGAAAACACACAUAACAGAUCGUUGUAAACCGUUUAUUGCUGUGAUGUUUUAUCAAGAUACAUUUUACAUUCUGCUUUCUACCCUAUUAUUGGACUUUGCUCAAAGUCAGCUGGCGUUUACAAGGGUGCUGGGUGGUCGGCCGACAACAAUAACGCAGUAUCCGAUAUUGGCACAGCUGUUGUUGGACCCCUGGGGCACUCGUCAGUACAGCCAACACUGUGCCGGCGUAGUUCUGACUUCCAAACACGUCAUCUCCACCGCUCAUUGCUUUCAAUACAAUGAAAACACGGGAAGGAACUACACCAAACCGCACUUCUGGAGGGUACGCGUAGGCUCUUCUUAUCGAACCUAUGGCGGAGUCCUGCACAAGAUAAAAAGUAUCAUACCUCAUCCUGCCUUUGAUAAAUAUUACUACACUAACGACAUAGCGGUUUUGGUAAUGGCCACGCCCUUCACAUUCAGCAAAUUCGUUAGGCAGGGGACAAUAACGAAACCUGGUGCCGAAAUUGCACCUAAUUCGCUGUGCACAUUGGUAGGGUGGGGAGCAACAGAGCAAGACGGGGCGCAAGCUGAUCAGUUGCAGCAUGUCACGAUGAAGACGAUAGAUCAACGGGAAUGCGGCAUGAGGUACAACACUAUUGGGGCGAUCAUAGCCGAUUCGAUGUUUUGCGCCGGCAGCAUAGACGUGGAUGGCAUAGACGGAUGUUACGGCGAUUCCGGCGGGCCGCUGAUAUACAAAGGCGUGGUCGUCGGUUUGGUGUCCUUCGGCUACGGCUGCGGAAUGCGCUACUAUCCCGGGGUGUACACAAAAGUAUCCCAUUUUACCGAUUGGAUCGUCCAAAUGGUCACUAUGAAUAAA